AUGGGGAAGGUGUUAACUCAUUUCUGUGACUGACUAUAUGGUUUCUGGAGAUGCAGGUGCCUACAGAGGAUGCCCUUUCACUGACUGGAUAGAAGAAGUUGGGUUUCAGGAUGCGGUCCCUGAGGAAGACGGUGUUGCUCGCCAUCCUGGUGUCUGUGGUGCUGGUACUUGCUCUCCUCCAUUCGUGGCCUACUCGGGCCUACACCACCGUGGAUGUUUGGCAGCGACCGGGGCCAAUUGAAGAGAGGCAUCUGGAGGAGAGGCUCCCAGAACCAGACCACCGAUUAGGAAACAUCCGCUUUCACGUGAGGGACAAUGUGGCAAGCCUGUUGGCACGAAACGGAUGUGUUUGUGAGGGUGAGAGUGGAGGAGUAAACAUGCCCUUCGCCCAACUCAUGUUCCCGCGGGUGUCAGCUCACCCGCUGCACACCGCCUUCGAGGCCUCUGAGCUGGAGGAAAUGAAGAGGAGACGGGCCAAAGAGUACAAUAGUUUCCAGAAGAGGACACAGUUGCCUGCAGAUCUUCUCAUCAUUGCAGAGGCUAACAAUCCCUUACAGUAUCCAACACAAGGGGUAGAGGUACGACCCCUGAGAACAAUCAUCAUCCCAGGCUUGGCCUUACGCAACGUUCCCAGAGACCACUACUUGAUAAACAUCACUGCCACGCUGGGAACGCUAAACGUGGCAGCAGAGGUGGAUGGGGUGAAAAUCAAAGGUGACGGCGAGAUGCGCAUGACUUUGUCAAGCAGCCUGCUGCCAAACCUGAACCGACAGCUGCAGUUCGUCACCUACACAAACACACUGUUCCACCCCAGCACAGCAGACACAGUGCAGUUUGAGACAGAGGGGUAUCAAGCCAGCUUCAGUAUCAAGAUCCGUCACGGUAUAACACCCAAACUGUACAAUACGGGAUCCAAAGGAGAGUACAAUAUCAGUGCUCUCAUUACCAUAGCUACGAAGACUUUCCUGCGGUAUGAUAAGCUUCAAGAUCUUAUAAACAGUGUGAGAAGAUACUAUCCUACCGUCACCAUUGUAAUAGCGGAUGACAGCGAAAAACCCCAAACCAUUUCUGGACCUUACAUUGAACAUUACAUCAUGCCUUUUGGAAAGGGUUGGUUUGCUGGACGAAACCUGGCCGUCUCUCAGGUGACCACAAAGUACGUGCUGUGGGUGGAUGAUGACUUCAUCUUCACAGCCAACACCAAGCUGGAGAAACUGGUGGACAUUUUAGAGAGAACCACCCUGGAUCUGGUGGGGGGUGCAGUGCGGGAAGCCACAGGUUACACUGCCACCUACAGACAGACCAUCUCCAUUGAGUCAGGGGAGGAGGAUGGUGACUGUUUACAUAUGAGGAGAGGAUUUCAUCACAUCAUCCAAGGCUUCCCCAACUGUGUUGUGACUGAUGGAGUCAUUAACUUCUUCCUGGCUCGCACCGACAAAGUCCAGCAGGUCGGCUUUGACCCGCGCCUCGCCAGGGUAGCUCACCUGGAGUUUUUCAUCGAUGGAUUGGGAUCUCUCCAUGUGGGCUCUUGUGAUGAUGUCAUUGUCAAUCAUGCAACAAAAAUUAGACUUCCCUGGGUCAGCCAAUCAGAGAGCGACAAGACUUAUGCCAAGUUUCGUUACCCGCCGGCCUCCUCUGACGCCACCCACACGAAAAACGGCCUCCUGUUCUUCAAGAACCGAUUUCAGUGUUUGACUCAUAAUUAGUUCCUCUCCUCUUUAUCCUGAGGGUUCCUCUGCUCUUCCUGAGUUGCCAAAUAAGUUCUCCUCCGCCACGUCCCUUCAGAUAAGCCUUCAGACACACACUUUGGUUUGCCUUUGAUUGAUGCGGAAAAAAAUCAGCGCAGUUUUAGCAUGUUUAUUCUGCCAGUGCUAAAAUGUUCUCCUACCAAGAAGCCAGAUAUUAAAGAGUAGAGAGAGUAGAGAAUCAUCUGUAGUAACAAACAUAUCAUCUUGUUUACACAGACCCAGUAAAAUCAUAGCAUCGUCGUGAUUUCUUCAAUACUUUUUUUUUGUUAAACCUUAUCUGGCUAUACAUCCUCGAGUUGUUCUCACACAGAUAGCGAGCUUUGUGUAAAACCCAACAAGUAGCAUCUUUCCAGUCUGAGACACAACAUUGUCAUUCUAGGCUAAUGUGAGCAGAGAUGUGUCCUCAAUAUGCACUAUCCCAAAAAAAGACGUCUGAGGGCCUGAGAAUGAGGACAAGAAGAUACUUCCCAGAAAGUGACAAUUCUGUAGACACAGAGCAUACCGUAGGUAUUCUAUUCACCAAUGCCACAUGAAGAACGCAUUCAGAACUUUUCCACCUGUGGUACCUGCGCUCUGUGGCUGGCUGGUUGUGCCAAAGGUUUGGCUGCUGGCUUUUGCGUGUUUUUUAAAAUCUCUUUGUGUUAUGGUUUGCCCCCCACCCCCUUUGCCCAUAAUCCCAUAUGUCCUUUGUGAGCGAUGAGUCGCGUCUAUGGAGGAGAAACAUUCUGUCCGAUCACAUCUGGUCUGGAGCAGCCUUGUUUUUUUGUCUACUGCUGUCUGUCACUCUCAACAAACAUCUAAGGAAGUGGAGAGCUUCAGUCCAGUGCACGCUGAUGAAUGACAAUGGAAGUGAUUUGCAUCUUUACAUGCUGCCUGAAACAAGAAGUUGAAUGUGCAGUGUGAAGUGCAUAUUUUUUUCCCCUCAUUAUAAGAUAAGAAAGGAGAAAAAAACAAGCACACUGAGAUGGAAUUAAAGAGAGUUUGGUGAUGAAUAAACAUCUUGAAACACAGAAUGAGUAGUCAGAGCAUGAGAGGAAAACUGAGAACGACAUUGGUGAGACAGUGAAGCACCAGGGCUUGAAGAUCCUGUUUUUAUACGGACUCUUUGGAGAGUUGUUUGUCGAAGACUGUGACACUUUUGCCUGAAGUGAUGAUGCUGUUGUUUUAUACCAUGGCCUUUAGAUGGUGCCCCUGUGACACUCUUUUGUUUUCUAAUAAAUUAAAUUCAGUUAAAAUGUAUUUAUUAGCCAAGAGGUGCCAGAGAUUUAUCAGCUGAUGUGUUUUUUUUUUUAUCUCAAGAAGAACGUUUUUAAACCAUGUUUCUGUCAGUUAUUUUGCGUUCUUUAUGUUCAUUAA